AUGUCCGCUAGCUACUGGGAAUCGACCCAACGUUUGAAAUGGCAACACACCAGGGAGAGUCUGUCCACAGAGAGGCACCAAUUGUGGCUUUUGGAAUGCCAACUGUUUCCUCAAGGCUUGACAGUGACAAUGGAGAAUAGCAAGGGAUCUGGCGAGCCGGUGACUCGCAAUAUCCCAAUUACAAAUCUAGAUAUGCGCUACGGCAAAGACUUUAAUUUAAGGAUUUACUGCUAUUUUUUGAUCAUGAAGCUAGGCCGCAGAAUGAACAUUCGACAAUACGCACUUGCCACAGCGCAUGUGUAUCUGUCGCGCUUUAUGUUACGUGCUUCGGUUCGUGAGUGCAACCUGUAUUUGCUGGUAACUACGUGUAUUUACCUGGCAUGCAAAGUAGAGGAGUGUCCACAGCACAUUCGGUCCUUAGUGAACGAAGCGCGAUCAUUAUGGCCAGAGUUUGUACCACCGGACCCAACCAAGGUUACCGAAUUCGAAUUUUAUUUGCUAGAAGAGCUCCAGAGCUAUCUUGUGGUGCACCACCCCUACCGUUCUAUGGAGCAAAUUGUACAAGCGCUGCGCUUGGAGCCUUAUGCUCUGACGCUCUCCGCGGACGACCUACAAAACACAUGGUCCUUGAUUAAUGAUAGCUACAUCACCGAUGUGCACCUAAUUUUCCCGCCACACGUUAUAGCGAUGGCGUGCUUGUUUGUUAUUGUUUGUUUGCAAAGACCGCAACGGACUGCUCACCAGGAGACGUUUAACAAGUUCAUGGCUGAAUCACAUGUCGAUUUGGCAGAGGUCAUGAACACUAUUCAGGAUUUGAUCGCCUUGUAUGAUUGCUGGGACAAGUACAACGAACCUUGGAUCAAGUUCCUACUACACUCUUUAUAUCUGCGAAGAGGGUAG